UUUGCCUAAAAGCUCCGGUAAAUAAUCCCACGUGUCAGUCCUCCGAUGAAGAACUGUGGCAAAUAGAUAUGGCGGUGGUGAUAUCAUCACCGCCUUCGUCGCUCUCCCCAUUUCUCCUGCAAGUCCGCAACUCUAGAACCUUCGUUUGCACCUCGAUCAGAUCAUCGUCAUCAUCUUCGUCACCCAUGGACGAACAUCCAAGGCGCGUGGUGGUUUGUGGCGGUGGAGUCAUCGGCGUUUGCACAGCUUAUUUCUUAGCCAAGAAGGGUGCGUGCGUCACACUCGUCGAGAAGUCCUCCGUGGCCUGCGCAGCCUCCGGGAAAGCCGGUGGUUUCCUCGCGCUCGACUGGUGCGACGGUGGGCCCGUUUCUGCCCUGGCCCGGGCCAGCUUCGAUCUCCACCGUUCGCUUGCCCAGGAACUCGAUGGGCCACAGUCCUACGGCUACAGACCCCUCACCACUCUCAGUCUCUCCAUUACCGAAUCGCCGGACCCUCCAUCAGGUUCCAAACCCUCCGGUAACUCCAAUAUCGUUCCAGGUUGGGUCGAUGGGCGAAUUCGGAGCUCCAAAACUAUCGGAACCCUCGCAACCACGGCGCAAGUUCACCCCCAGCUCUUUACUCGGACCCUGAUUACCAAAGCUGUGGAGAGUUACGGCGUGGAGGUGGUGAUCGGGAAAUUGGAGAGCGUGGAGGUGGAGGGAGGCCGAGUCAGAUCGGUCGUGCUCGAAGGUGGCCGGGUGAUUGACUCGGAUGCUGUGGUAUUGGCACUUGGACCUUGGUCUUGUAAAUUGGAACUUUUGUCGUCGCUGUUUAGAGUGUACGGUCUCAAAGCUCAUAGCAUUGUGUUGGAGCCGAAAGAGACCGAUGCUAUAACCCCGCAUGCGCUUUUCCUCAGCUACUAUCCGUCUCAAGGGGGAAAACCCUUGGACCCCGAAGUGUACCCUCGUCCCACAGGGGAGGUGUACGUAUGUGGGAUGUCGGCGGAGGCAGAGGUGCCAGAUGAUCCGGAGCAGAUCGCCGGUAACCCGGAAUCGAUACAGGUGCUUAAGAGGGUGGCUAGGACGGUGUCAAGCCAUUUGGGUGAAGGAGAGGCGCAAGUGAAGGCAGAGCAAGCGUGUUUCUUGCCUUGUACCGAUGAUGGUGUGCCUGUGAUCGGGGAGGUUCCUGGAAUUCAGAAGUGUUAUGUGGCAACUGGGCAUAGUUGCUGGGGUAUUUUGAACGGCCCAGCCACUGGGGCUGCCCUGGCCGAGCUUGUGUUGGAUGGGCAUGCUAGCAUUGUUGAUCUUUCUGGGUUUAGUCCUGCUAGAUUUGUUGGGAGUAAGAAAGCUUUGGUUUAAUUUAUUGGUACGUACGAAGAUCAGGACUUUAUGGACGAUGCUGUUGUAGUAAUUGUUGCCAAAUAAAAGCUUAAGAUUUUGUUUCUACGGUUCUACCAAAUGGUGCUACAACUGUGGGUAGCUAUUCAAAAUUGGGUUAUGUUAAAUUUGGAAGAAUGUUGGUAUGGAUAUCCCUCUACUAAAUGCUCAUUUACCGUCCUAAGCCCAUAACGCCUUGAUUGCUUAACCAACAAAGGUCAGUUUGUUCGCAUUCAGCUCUGUUGGGCCUCAUUAUUUAGAUAGCAUAAGGCUAAAUUCGAGGUUGGCCCUCGGAGACCAUGACAAGGGAGCCGAAUGCAGUUUGAUUGACCCAAAGACAAGACAAGUUUGUUUGGGUCUUGGUGCAGACACUUAGCCAGGAACAUGGACUCGUGCACCCAUGUGGCCGUAUGUAUCACAAGAAUAGCCUUUAGGGCAGUACCAUUAAUUCAGAGCCUUUUGAGUCUUUGACACAAAACGUCAAUGAAUGUGACAUUUUUCUUGUACAUAGAAGUUAGAACGCACAUUUUAGUGCUGCUAAAAAGUCUUUCUCAAAGUACAAUGAGCUUUUUACUACU